AUGGUGCCAUCGGUGGCGGCGUCGACGACGAACCGGGAAGAAGCGACGACGAUGAAGCUGAAGCCGCAGGUCGACGAGGAGGAGAAGAGGAACAAGCAGAUUGUUAUUCCCCAUGCGUUGCAGUGGAUAAUGGCGGCGUCCUCGUCGUCGCCGCAGACACUGACGAUCGAGGAGGCGAACAGGAAGUCGGGGAUGCGCCGCGCCGGGUUCUGGUUCUGUGCCGUCUACAUGCUGCCUCUCUGCAUCGGCGUCACCUCGUUCCUGGCCUACGAGUUCCACAGGAACGACCACGUCUUCCCCAGAAGCGCGCCGUGGCGCCCGCCGGCCGUCGUCGCGUGGGGCGUCUACAUGGCGCUGGUGAUGGAGUCGUUCUUUUUCAUGUCCCUGUUCCUGCCCCGCGCGCCCGUCGCCCUGCGGGAUGCUGUCGUCAAUGUCGGCGUGGGUUGCUUCGGCGUACCACUGUGGUGGAUCGUCAUCCUGGCGGCAUGCGUUAGCGGACACACCUGGAUGGGCGUCGUCCUGGCUUUCGUCUUCGCUGUCCUCUUCCGCUCUGCUCGUUUAGGCUUGUUUGGCUGAUAAGCUAUGGCUGAAAGUACCGUUGAUUGAUUUGGUGUGAGAGAAAAAUACUAUUUAUUGACUGAAAAAGUACAGCUUAUAAGCCAAAUAAGCCCAAGCGAAUAGGUGUUCACUGCUGUCCUUGCGCUCUGGGUCUGGCUUGUUCGCAUCAUCGAUCGGCUUUAUUAUUAG